GUUAACGGGGAUCUCCUCCUCUCUCCCACGUCACGCAGCGUGCCUCUGCCCGCGGUGUCGCGCGCUCUACAGCAGUGGGCGGAGCUGUUCUCGGCUUUUCAGUGGGCGGAGCUAAGCCUCGGUUCCGAGCAGCAACACGAUAAAGAAGCGAAAAAUAUAAGAGUGUGUGAUCGGUUCAUGAUGAAUAGCAGGGUGUGUGUGUGAGAUGAUGAAACGGUCACAUUUGACCAGACCAGGCUGCGGAGUAUGUAGAGUAAUAACCUUGCCACUCCCUGCAGUGCUGUGAUGCCUUCUCAUCCAGACCUUCUGGUUCAUUAUGGAGAAAGCGUUUCUGAUCUGCUCCACAGAAACGCAAAUGUCGACGUUAAAUGUCGUUUAGCGACGUGCAUCGAUGACCCCAGGCCGUGCAGAUGGGCAGUAUGUGAGUUUAUACGUGUAUUACAUGACUGAAGAGGAUGACUACGCUACUGGACACUCUGAAGGAUAAUGGGCUCCAAUAGGAUUCACUCUCAUAGAUGUCUGUCUCACUAUUUCUCCUUGUGUGCUCUACUGCAUCUCAGCUUCAAGUUAUAAAUGCCCUUUACACACAAGCUCACACACUGAAAAAAUUUGAUUCGCUCAUGUUGGUUUGGUUGGACUAUCACAUUUACUACCAUGAAAAGGCCAAAGCAGCAGUCCCAGGCCUUUAGCUUCCUCAGUUUCUUUACCCGCAAGCCCAAGUCAGACCCCAAGAGCGAGAAACCGGCAGCUGCCUUGAAUCGGGAGGAAGUGGUGAUCACGCUGACACCUAAGGAGCAGGAGCAUGCACAGAAUGAUCCACCUCACAAUGAAAGAGAUGGAGAUGGAGAGGUUGCUGAAACAGGCUCAGAUAAGGCUGAAGUAAAUGAGGUUGAACAGGCUGUGGAGUGUGCGAGCAGCGGCUCCACAGGCGUUGUGUCGCUUUCCUCCUCUAGCCAAGAGCAGCUCCUCGAGCACCUGGUAGAGUGUCCGCUGUGUCUGCUGAGUCAGCCUCGUGCCCACUUCCCCCGUCUGUCCUCGUGCCCACACCGUGCAUGCACUGACUGUUUGCGUCAGUACCUGCGCAUUGAGAUCUCAGAGAGCCGUGUGGGUAUCGCCUGCCCACAGUGUCCUGAAGCACUUGCGCCAUUGGAUGUACGGGCAAUCCUCGACGACAAUGCAUUGCUUGAACGUUUUGAGGAGUAUCAGCUCCGACGUUUCCUGGCUGCUGACCCCGACACACGCUGGUGCCCAGCUCCGGACUGCAGUUAUGCAGUGAUCGCCUAUGGCUGUGCCGAGUGCCCCAAGUUGAGCUGUGGCCGUGAGGGCUGUGACACAGAGUUCUGUUAUCACUGCCGUCAGUUGUGGCACCCAGACCAGACUUGUGAUCAAGCCAGACGACAACGUGCCCGUCACACGUUGGGAGGCAAUGAUGCAUCAGCACUCUACGUCUUCAGUGAGGAACCUGGUGGAGAUGCAGAGGAGAUUAAAGCAUGUCCACGCUGUGGUGCCUAUAUCAUGAAGACUAAUGAUGGCAGCUGCAACCGGAUGAACUGCACAGUUUGUGCCUGUCAGUUCUGUUGGCUGUGUAUGCAGGAGAUCACAGAUGUGCACUACCUCAGUCCCUCAGGCUGCACUUUCUGGGGAAAGAAGCCUUGGUCUCAAACACGAAAGAUCCUGUGGCAGGUGGGAAUGUUGCUUGGGGCUCCAGUAGUGAUCUCUUUGAUCGCAGGCAUCGCCAUACCUGUUAUUAUCGUGGGCAUUCCGAUAUACAUGGGCCGCAGGGUCCAUGGUCGCUGUAAGAAAAACAAUAUCUCAGGAAGUAAACAUUACUUGACAGUAGCCAGUGGGGUCAUGACAUCAGUGUUUGUCUCUCCGGUCUUAGCAGCCGUCACUGUGGCGGUCGGAGUGCCUCUGAUGCUGACGUACGUUUAUGGCGUUGUCCCCAUGUCUUUGUGUCGUAACGGCUGGUGCAGGCCUCAAAACGAAGCUCCUGAAACACGGAAGAUCCAGCUGGAGGACUUGGCCAAUUAUCUUUUGUUUUCUCAUGUAGUCAGUGAUCACUGGACUGGGCAGCCUAAGCCAGUGCUAAAUGAUAUUGACCUCCAGGAAGUGAGUGUGGAUGAAGCAGUAGUGUUACCCAGUACCAGUGCUGGCCUCUCACAGCCUGAGGAAUCCUCCAAUCCAUCUGAUGGUGUACAGGUGGUAAACACCAAACAAGACAACAAUUCAUAUGAUGCGAAUGCUGUUGAGGAGUGCGUCUUUAGCAGCACACAGACCUUUGUUCUGAGGGAGGGGACCAAUAUUGAAGUACGAGUGGAGAUUGAGGCUCAGCCACUCGCUGGACGUCAGCCCAGUCUCAGCAGUGUCCUUUCUAGUCGGAGUCUGUCUGCCGAGUCCCUACAUCAAUCACACGAUCCUCUUAGUGCCUCGCAAAGGCCAGUGAACGAAGACCCCCAGCCAGUUACGCAGACAGACAAUGUCUGAAUCUCAAACUGCUUUCACCACCAACUGUACCUCCAACCAGCUGCUUCUAGCCUCUGUCUGUUCUCACAAAUGGAGACCAAUGAAGAGAGAGUGGACAAAAUGGGGAAAGAGCAAGACAGAAAGGAUUGAGUAUCCAGACAGAGGGCCUGGGGACAAACAUCCAGGGCAGCUGCCAGUAUACCACUAUGAAGACUAAUAAUGAUAGUAUGAACUAAAAUGACUGAAAGCAUGUUUGCAAACCAAUCUUGUGGUUGUUAGCCUUUUUUUUUUACUGUGGUACAAUGAAGAAAAAAAAAAGAAAUUGGCUAUCCAGAUGGUAUUUAAUUUAAUUUAUUUAUGUAGCCCUUCUUAUAACUGCAGUAUAAUUUUGUAUGAAGUGGCUGUACAAUUGUAUCCCUUAAAAUAUAACAAUAAAGACAAGAACCACA